AUUCCUCCAGCAGCAACUAAGGAGAAGCACAACUUCGCGGAGUUGGAAACUAUCGAUCUUUCAAAGCUGGAUGGUGAUGAGGAAGCACAACAAGAACUGGUCGCUGAUGUCAAGAGAGCAAUCAGGGAGGACGGUUUCCUGUUCCUGGAAAACUACGGAAUCAGUCUUGAGCAGCUCCAUCGUCAAUUCUCCAUUGCACACUACCUCUUUAACAACAUUUCUGAGGAAGACAAGGAGCGACUUCUGUUCCAUCCGUCUACUGGCAGAUGGGCUGGUUGGAAGCACGAGUACGGCUUCAAAAGACAUCGUCAACAAAAGGAUGGCAUCAACCAAUUCAACUGGUACAAGGAGCAGUGGGAGAACGAUGACUUUCUGCCUGCGUGCGUCUUGCCUNUUAUGGACGAGAUCAGGGCUUUCUCUGAGUAUUUGACUAACUCGGUCAACCGUCGCCUACUAACACUCUUUUCUCGUGUUCUCGAGCUGCCCGAUGAUUGGCUUUGGAACAAUGUUCAGUCCCAUGGCUCUCCCUCUGGCGAAGGAUACUUCCGCCAUGCUCUUNUCAGACCGGUCAACGAAAAGACGCUUGAAAGGUCGAAGAACAUCAGAAUGCACGGCCACACGGACUUCGGUCUCACUACCCUACUCUUCUCGGUGCCCAUCUCGUGCCUCCAGAUUUGGGGUCAAGAUGAGCAGUGGCAUUACGCUCCAUAUCGCCCUGGGGCUCUUGUGAUCAACAUUGGAGAAACCCUCGAGAUCGUUUCAGGUGGUCAUUUCAAGGCAACCAGACAUCGCGUGUUCUCUCCUCCCGCCGAUCAGCUCCAGGAAGAGCGACUGUCUAUCGUUCAGUUCCAGUCAAGCGUUGGCCAUCUGAGAAUGACUCCGNCCAUCGAGUCGCCACUGAUUCAAAGAGAGGGCUGCGUUGAAGAUCAGGGCGUCUACAGAGAAUUCAAACGAGUGAUGGACCUUGGCUUCCCAAUCCCAACUAACCAGCAGUGGCGUGAGAUCCAGAUUGCUGAAGCAACUGAUCCUACCGAUGAUCAGCGUAAUAGAAUUGGUGCAGACCAGGUCUUAGUAAAAGGAAAAUUGAUGCAACAGCGUGAAUAUAUGGGUGUUAAGGUACUUCUACCGGUA